CUGAGCCUCGCACUCUUGCUUGCGAGGAACGUCCUGGCAAAGCUCUUUGUUAGCACGUGGGACGCACAAUGCAAGGCUGCCCCAAGCGCUGGUGCUGCCCCUGGUGGCGGUGGCGGUGGCAGUGGCGGUGCUGCUGAGUGCGACGGAGCGACCGUUCUGAGCUCGAGCGCAACCACAGGUCCAGGUGUCGCUGGUCUGCCUCCUCUGUCCAAGGCCAAGAGCAAGGGCAAGGGCAAGGGCAAGGACAAGGGCAAGAGCAAGAGCAAGAGCAAGGACGACCGAACCGCCGGUGCUGCGGGACUGUCAACCGGAUCUCAUACGAUGAGUGACAGCGCUGCCACACCUGCCGCUUCAACCUCCGCUUCAACCUCCGCAGCAGCCCCAGCCACGAUGACUGCAUGGACGCACGAUACUCGCUCGGGUGCAGCUCUGCUCGCGAAGCUUCCGCCAAAAAUCUGCGAGAAACAGCGUCCCGAGAUUGCCAAGGGGAAGCCGGAAACCUGGAACAUUACUGUGCUUGGAUCCAUCAUCCUGAACGUGUUGCCGCUCGGCGAGAUCGAUCGCAGUGCAGUCCGCGAGAUUGUCAAGUAUCGCAACGACUUUGCUCAUGCCACGGCGUCUGAGAUUACGCCGCUCGAGUACGCGAGAAUCCGCGACGGACUGCGCGCAGCCCUCGUCGACAAACUGGCCACGGAUGCCACCGAAUUCGACGCCUGCUUCAACGAAACACUGCACAGAGUGUCGGCGCCCGCACCAGACGCCGUCGCGGCUGCAGAGCGCGAGAAGGCUACUGGCAACGAGCUGUUCAAGCAAAAGGCAUUCGACGAAGCCAUCAAGUGCUACACUGCAGCCCUCCUUCAAGUCGAGCAUUAUCCGUUCGAGCUUACUGCAAUCCUCCUGACCAACCGCGCCACGGCUCAUCUGAAACUCGCACAUUUCGUCGAGGCCAAGCAUGAUGCCAAGCGUGCGCUUCUGCAGGGCACGCCGGCGUUCAAGGCACACCUCCGUCUGGCAGAGGCGUAUCUGAAGUGUGGCAAGCACACCAAGGCCUGCAAGCACGCCGAAUGCGCGUACAGUGGCUUCCAGCCGGGUACUGCCGAGAAUCGCGUGGCACGCGAGCUGCUCGACAAGUGCCGCCUUGAGCGCGCCGCAAUCGAAAUUGGAGAGGAUGAGCAUUCCGCCUAUUCCUGUGCAUUUCAAAAUGCCGCCGAGUCUCCGUUCCGCCAGCGAGAAGUGGCCCGAGUGGGCGGCCAGGCGAAUUUCGAUGCACUACAACGACUUGCUGCAUCGCUCGGGACUUCGACCGCUGAAUCGUCUGAGCUACCCUCGUCCUUUGUAACGGAGCUCCAGUUGAAGGUGCAAGCACACAAGUUGCGAGAAGAUGGCAAGUCUGCACAGGCCUAUCCACUCUUCCUGCGUCUGGCGCAGCUUGGCAACGCGGUUGGCAUGUACUACGUUGGUGUUUGUCUAAUGAAAGGGCAAGGAGUUGCUCAAGACAUUGCGCAAGCAACUACCUGGUUUGAGAAAGCGACGCAAGUCCCGAUUCGUGAUGACGAGUUGUUCAAGGACCAAAAGAUUGAGAUUGGGGCCGCUUUUGUUGCGCUCGGCAACAAUCACUUCAAUGGUAUCGGCUGCUCCAAAAAUUUACGCUCGGCGUUAACCUACUACCAGCGCGCUGCCGCUCUCGAGGCGCCCACGGGCUACAACAUGCUUGGCCUGUAUCACCGGGAGGGCUUUGAUGAAUCGCCCAUUAAUCUCGCUCUCGCGCGAGAUUACUUCCGCCUGGCGGCAGAGGGCGGCUGCACGGAGGCCAUGAACAACAUGUGUAUGCUACUAAAACACAACGUGGGCCUGUUGGAACGCGCAGCACAGUGGGCAGACACGGCCCGAGCUUUCGGCGUUCCUGAAGCUGCGGCCUUGGCAUCGGAGAUUCGAUCGACUAUUCAACGAUUUCCCACGCUGGACGAGCUGGAGGCCAUCGCCUCGCCGACUGUCUACCUGAGCAGUCUGAUCAGUGCCAAGCGUCAGCUGAUCGCUGCGAUCGAUGAAUUUCGCAGGAACCCAGUGACAGCCGACAGCACGCGUCGACUCAUUUCGUUGGCAGCGAGUGCCAAGCGCACCGUUGACGGCGAGCUUGUUUGUGAUCCGGAAAGUGCGGCAGUCCUUCGAGUCAUUCUCGAGCAGUCGCAUCCAGACGAGACCUUGGAACAUGACAGACGUACUCUGCAGUCUGGCACAGGGGUUAAGUACGCGAUCUCCGCUGCCAACCAAUACGAGGAGGACAGCUUCUUCAACCUGCGAGCCGGCUGUCUACUGAUGUAUGAUUCCUCAUACGAAAGCGUGGAGAAGGGGCUUCUCUACCUGCGCCGCGCCUUCCAGCUCGUGGCCACCCGUAGCGAGAACGACCUUGAGCGACUUGACGUGACAUACUUACUGGGCGCUGCGUAUCGGAUUCUUGACAAACCCGAGCAAGCGCGCAAACUCUUCAUGCAAUUUCUCGAGCACAAGCACGUUGGUCAUCGUAAAGUGAGCGAAGCGUACUUUCAGCUGGGAAUCCUGGCUCUUAUGCGCCAUGAUUCUGUCGAGCAAAGUUGUCGUGAAGCGCAAACGCUCCUCGAUCUGGGCAUUGCGGCACAGCACACCUUGCCGGGAUUUCUGCAGCCACGCCACAAGGCACCCAUUUGUGAGAUGCUCGAGGACCUUUUGGCCAUGUACGCCAAGCGGCACCCUGCCGCCCGACGAGUCAUCCCCGUCCCUCAAGAGGGCGGCCAUGUGUUGUCGGGGCCUCGUGAUCCUGAAGCCCUAAUGUCGCGUGGUCUCUCAUCCAAGGUCCUUGAGGUCUGUCGCUCGCAGCGCUUGAAGUGGUUGAGGCAGAUCCGCCACGACAUGAACGAAGUAUCGAAGGCGAGAACUGAUCCUCGCAAGUCCGUGGCCUUUUUCAGACAAACAACAACGCCUGCCUCCGUCAGCGAAAAAGUCACUCCUGCUGAAACCUUGCCCCUGUCACCGAUUCAAAUUGACGAGAUGUUUCUCCCUUGCGUCGAGAGGCUUUAUCACAACCGUGUCGUUGAGUGCGUGAUUGUGGGGAGCGGCUUUCGCGUGAUCUCCGUCUCGUUUAUUGUCGAAGACUCAUCGCGAGCUCCGGCCAUAUUUAACAUCUACAACCUCUCCAUGGAGCAGGAGAGGUUGCUUGUGCCUGGCCGAGUUAUCAAGAUCAUUUCUCCGUUGGCACGUGUGCCACAGUCGGGCCCGAUGUGCAUUCGUGUCGAUGACCCUCAGCACCACCUGAUCAUCGGUGAUCACAUCCCGCUGUGUUGGUUCUGCCUCAAGCAGCAAGAACCCUCUCUACUCAAGGCGUGCGGACGAUGCAAGCAGGCGAAGUACUGCUCCGAGACGUGUCAACGAAGCGACUGGCAGACGAACGACCACAAGUUUUUAUGCACGGCGUCCACCCGUUGA